AUGCAGGAGGUGCACGAUUAUGUGAUGUGUGAAGCUGUCAGUGGGAUAACCAGGAGGACAGAGAAGAUAAUAGAAACAGUCCUUACCUGCAAGUUUAUUCACCCCUCUAUAGAAGUGUCAGCCAGGCAAUUCUCUUUCCUUGUGAACAAGAAACCCAGGGAUGUCCUGACUCUGCAGUACCAGCCUUUGGCUUUAAAAAACACCUGCCUGCUGCCACUGGACCUUAUGCUGGACUUGGAGCAGCCAUUCCUGGUCUGUGAUGAGGACCAGCAACCCCUCCCAGAUGGCCAGCCUGUGAGAGUGGGUGUAGGGGAGACCUGUCAUCUCUACGUUGCAUUUGACCCAGCUUAUGAACUGGAUUUUAAGAGCUGGAAAAAAGAGAAGAUUCUGAACAUAGACAUGGUCAGGGGCCAUCCUUUUGUGGAGCGUAUCGUCCUUCGGGGAGAAGUGCACUUCCCAAAUCUCCAAAUCCAACCCAGCACCCUAAAGUUUGGCUGCAUCGCGGCUGGCACUAAAGAAGUGCGUUCUCUGGAGAUGACCAACUGCAGCUCCCUUCCCGUGGAGUACCACUGGACAUUCCAUUCCAAGAGCCAGGUUUACAGAUUGAGAUAUGAGCUUUCCGCACCUAAAUUCCAACCCAAACCACCAAAGGAGAAGAGAACCAGUUUGGAAUCCUCAGUGCCACCAGAAAGCCGUGGACGGUAUUACAUCCCACUAGGGCUCGUGGGAGUCAAAUCCCCCAUGGAUGUACUGCACACUCCCCUCGAAGUGGAGGAGGUUUUCAGUAUCGCGCCACUGUCAGGUGUGCUGCGGCCAGGAGAGAGCCAGCAGGUCUCCUUCACCUUCUCUAGUGGCUUCAACACCAUCUCUGAUGUCAUGGCACUGUGCCACGUGGAGGGAGGCCCCACCUACGAGGUGGUGGUGACGGGGGAGACCUCCUGUGUCAGCUACUCCCUGAGCCCCCGGGAGAUCGACUGUGGCUCUCAGAUGUUUAACGAAAUUCAUCACAGCAAGGUCACCCUGGAGAACACUUGCAGGAGUGAAUUCAGCUGGGUGCUAAACCCUAGCACUGCAGACCAGCAGCUGCCUGGAGUGUUUCUGGUCAACCCCACCACUGGCUCCAUUGCACCUGGUGAGAAGCAAGUGCUGGAAUUCUCUUACAUGCCAGGAUUACCAGGAGCUUUCAGCAGGACUUACCAGCUUAAAGUGGGUGACCUGGACCCGGAAAAUAUUUGUCUGAAAGGAGAAGCAUCCUUUCCAAUGAUCUGUAUGAACCUGCCCUGGAACAUCAAAGAAAAUGAAAAAGAUGAGAAGCCUCUGACACAGCUCGUAAAACUCGCGCAAGAACACAGUCAGAGGAAGAAAUCCGUUGAUCGGAAGAAGACUCAAAGCCUGAAGACUGGGACCUUGAAGUCUCAGACCCAAAAAACUCGGACUGCAAAGAGUCUGAGUCCGAAGACUGGGAACCUGAAUCCUGAUGUGCUUGACUCUGGCAUUGCACCAAACACUCAGCAGAUAAACACGGUGAAGACGCUGAUUGAGAAGGCUGCUCUGGAGAUGCAGGAAAAGCUCACACCCCAUUCCCCAGAGAGCAAGUUCCCUGACAAAGAACUGUGCCAGAGCCUUGUCAAAGUUGAGCUGCCUGAGUAUGUCCUGGACAUGGGCACUGUCCGUAAGGGUUUCACUGAGAGAAGCACUCUGGAGAUCAUCAACCCUGGGCAGAUCCCAGUGUCCUUCCAGAUCGAUGUAUCUGUCCUGCAGGACACAGGUUUCAGCGUGGAACUGGACCAGGUGCAGGGCCUGCCCCACAGCCACACCAGGACGUUUGACGUGCGCUUUGAAAGUAUCCGGCAGCCACGGGGUGACGUGGAUGUGCUGCUGCCCAUAGAGGUGAAAAAAGGCCCCACAUAUAACAUCCGUCUGCGUGCCGCUGUGUCUGAGCUGUCACUCGAACUCUCCAAGAACACUCUGCACUUCUCUGCUCUGCUCGUUGGGCAGUGCCAGGUUGAGACAAUCCAGCUCUACAACUGGUUCCGAGUACCCUGCCGAUGGUCCAUCAAGCCUGUUCAGAAGAACAAUCAGCACAUGUACAUGACACCAGCCGUACAUCAGAAGCAGCAGGCGCUGGAGGAUGAGCCCUGUCCCUUUGAAGUGAAGCCUUCCAAAGGAACCCUUGGUGCAGGAAGGUGGCAGAAGCUGCAAAUCACAUUUACACCCAAGGAGGAGAGGUCUUACAAGAAUGAGCUGGAGCUUAACAUUAAUGGGAGCAGCAAUUGCUUAAAGCUGCAGCUCUCCGGACAAGGUCUGGAGCCGCGGUUGGAGUUCAGCCCUCCAGCACUAAAGAUGGGAUGGAUGCUGGUGGACAGCACUGGGGUGGAGGCCACAGUGGUGGUGAAGAACCCAUGCAACUUUCCCAUUGAGUUUUACUCCCUGGAUUUUGAUGAGCAGCACCUUGAGAAGAAGAAGGUCACAGAUCCGAAGACCUUGACUGGGGAGAUCCUGAGGGAUGGGAAGCUGCCAGCGGAAGACCAGAUGCUGGAACAUCUGGGACUGCAUCCCGACAGCCCUCCCCUUUCCCCUGCUGCUGUGCUCUCCAGUGUCGAGUACCCAGAGAAGCGGCUGGGCUCUGCAGAGCGUGUGCAGGACAAUCUGCUGGGUGCUCCAGUGGUGCCAGCACUGAAGGCCAAGGCCCCAGAUGCAAAGGGCAGUUCUGCCAAGGGCCAACCAAAGACGGGUAAAGCAACCAGCAGAGACAGAUCUGUAAAGGAGAAGCAGAUCUCCACACGGAGAACAGAAAGUUCCCGCGCCUCUUCUGCAACAAGAUCCAAAAGUAUGCUGGAAAGGGCCUCAACCCCCACAGUAUUCCUCAGGUGAGCCUCACGGGAGGAGGUGAUGUCUCUACUUCUUGGUCCUCUUGCCAAACAAGGUCCAUCAUUCCCAGCUCCACAGUGACCCUGUGCCAGUGCCUCAUGGGAUGGCGAGUGCACCCUCCUUGUUUCGUUUGCUCCUCAGCAAUGUCUGAAGCCUCCUCUUUAAUUGCCAGGCUUAAACAGUACCGGUGGAUAGUGCCUGCCCAGGGUGAGGUGGAACUGAAGGUCAACUUCUUCGCCAAAAAGCCAGGGAGGUUUGAGCAGACACUGAGCUUUGAGCUUGUGCCAUCAAAGCGCCAGUACAAGCUGCCCUGCAGUGGCACUGGCCUGUACCCCAGCAUCAGCCAGAACCCACGGGUGGUGUUUCCACAGUGGAGGGCGACCAUGAAGGAAGGUGAAGUCAUCUUCAAGGAAUAUGUUGAGAGCACAAAGCAAUUCCACUUUGGACCGCUGCUGUGUGGGAGAUCAAGAGAGUGGUACAAGACCCAGAACUGUCCCGGCAACUCUGAAAAUAUAACCAUCUUCAACAACUCCCCCACGGACGUAAAGGUCCGAUUCUCCUUUGAGAAUGCUGGGGAAGCAGAUACGUUCCUUUUGAACCCUCCCCGCA